UAGCCCUGAUUAGCAACCCGAAAGAUGCACACGCACAUCAUAACGGUUUAUUAGUGUUAGCUACAAAUUUAAUGCAUUUUCAGCUUUUUUAGCAUUUUUAAGAUCAGAAAGUGAGGAACGGAACGACCAAAUUUGCCCCUAUUUCACAAGUCUGUAACUAAUGUCAUGAUCACCGCCAUCGGAUGAGUUAACAAGUGACAGCAUUUAUCUAAAGGAGGAAUGAUCUCUGUCGUAUUUUUGGCUUUAAUCUUUAAUUAGCAAAGAGACGAAGAUGGAAAUGAACACACAAAAAAAUUGCACACGAUAGUCUGUAUUGUACUCUUACCUUUUGUACCCACAAUUAUAAUUCACCAUUUUAUUUUUUUAUACCAUAGCAAGUUUCGUUCCCAAGGGGUAUUCCGGAUUUCAAGAGACGUGGAUGACCGAAUGGGGGCAAAAAUCAAAACCCCCAAACUUCACUGCACCAAAAUUUAUCCCCCCAAAAAAUCCUACACAGAGCUGCUCACCAACAAUAUUAUUCAGUUAAAAUCAAGCCAACUGAGAAAAUACUUGCCAAAUGUUUCCUAUCCCAAAAGAAUCCCGGAAUUGAAAAUUUUAAACCCAAAAAAUUCUUUUAUCAUCGCCAUCACUUGAAAUCCGAGGUACCUCUACUGGGGUUUCGUUCCACCCUAAAUUUCUUAUUCGAAAGUUUUGCUUAUGACGUACUUCAUAACCGCAAAACAGAUUGUCGAAUACGAAGCAGAAUCAGAGAGACCUAUAAGUCAAAAGGAAACAUCAGGAAUGGGAAAAGAACCAAAUAUCCUCUAGUUUUUGAAAACCGAAAUACAGCCAACUGGAAAACGAAGCGCCAUCAGCCCCGGUGAAAGGGCCUGCAAUAAACCCAAUGAUAUUGUGUUAGUUCUAAACAUGCGGAAUUUUUUGUUAUUUGCUGGGCGAUUUUAGCAUGGUUUAAGUUGUCGAAUUUGUCGAUUUUUCUUCGCUGUGUUACGGAGUUCGGUAUACCACUAGCCGCUCCAAUCUUAAUUUUUUAGCAUACGUAUACUUCUACUACAAGACCGGCUUCGAUAGUGCGAUAUCGUGCCCAGUUGUGGUAGUAUAAAGAGUUUCACUUUAGUGCCAAACAAUAUUCCCAUGGUAAUUUGUUAUGCGGUUGAAGACCCUCGUUGUACCCAUCAACAGAAACGUUUAGAAAGGUUGCAUUUAUAUUAAUGGAUGACGAAAUCCUAUGGUGCAACCACAGCACCUUCACAUGGUACCAUUUAUUAUAAUUAUUAACAUUAUGAUUAUGACGGAUGAUGUUGAUGAUGAUGAUGAUGAUCAUUAUUAUUAAUUGAAAAGGUUAUUUCAGUGUUAAUCCAAUCUUAAGUUUUGGUAGUUUUUUAGGGAAAAAAAAGUGCUGUUGUCAAUGUAGUCAUAGCCCCCAAAUAUUUUUAAGUAGCAAACGGGAUUUAUCUAAUUAACAAUGUUUUUAUCACAAACUUUUAUUAACAAAGUAUCACUGAUCAAUGACGAAAGCUGUUGCAAAUUAUGACUAUUAUCUCCCAUGAGUUCUAUGAAUCUCCAAGUAAACUUAACCGAGUUUCACUUGCACGAAAAUGAGACCUUAUGUUUACAAGCGACAUUCUAAUGAUAGCACAUUGCUGCAAUUGACUCCUGAUUCUGUUUUCAAAUAUGGUUCUGUCACGUAAUACGGAAGUCGCAUUGUAACUCAAUGCCGCUACUAAGUCGAUUGACUACGUAACAAAAAAAAUAACUGAAAAAAAAACAUCGCUCUGAAUCUGAAGAUGAAUCAGUUUACAAGGUUGUCGAAACGUAAGUUCGCAAUGGUCGGUUACUAGGGUGACGUGAGCGAGUGGGCCACCUAAAUUCUGAAAAGCAGUUUCAUGUCUUGAUUGAAAGCGCAAUGGAAAACUGAAUUAGAGUACAUGUACUGUCCUGUUCUAUGAAAAUGACUUCACCGCUAAUUUCAUGACUGCCUGCCACAUAAUUUCAAUGAAUUUGUUUCAAUGAAAUGUGCGUUUACCACUUGUGGCAAAAUGGGUGGUUGUUUUGGUAAUAAUUCUUAUACAAGUCAUUUGAAAACAUUCAACAUACGGAAGUGGUUAAAGAGUCAAAGUCGGAGGUGGUUUUUCAAUUUUUUUUUAUCUAGAUUAGGCUUUUUCUAGAAUUUGUGGCCGACGAAUGCUGAAUUUUCUCCCGGCGGGUAUGAUUUCUAUUUUCUUGCCAACCCGAAAGAUGCACACUACCGCAUAACUCCUUUAAUAAUAGUGCAAGUUCCGUCUAGCGCUACAAAUUUAAUGCUUUUCUAGCUUUUUUGGCGUUAUUAGCUUUAGAAAAUGAGCAUAACUGACGACCAAAUUUGCCACUAUUCUGUGACCAUUGUCAUGGUCAACGCCAUUUAUUAGUGAACAAGUGACACUAUCUGCCUAAACGGGGAGUAAAUGACCCCUGUCAUGAUCACUUUUUUUGUUUUAAUAUGCAGCAAACAGACGAAGACGGAAAUGAACAUAUUAAAAAGUUGCACACGAUAGUCCGUAUUGUACUCUUAUCUUUUGUACUCACAAUUAUAAUUCACUAUUUUAUUUUUUUUACACCAUGGCAAGUUUCGUUCCCAAAGGAGUAUUCAGGAUUUUAAGGUAUCAUCCACCCUUAAGCACCCUCCCCGCGUUGAUCGGCGCUAGCGCUUUUGCUUUUAAUAAAUACCCCCAUAAACCGUACAUUUUCUGAAAGCUUAAUAGUUCCAGAUUAUUGCUUAUUCCUUUUAAAAAAUCAAAAUAUUAACGCGAUUCAGAAAUGAGAAGCUUUUUGUGAAAGUGGGUGUCGCUGUAAAUUUAAGUCCGGGCCAGCCAAAAAUAAACGGAAGAAGCCAAUUAAGAUCGCAUUCGCUUCUUAACACGUUUGACUUAAAAACCGUGAGUCAGAUUUUUGUCAAGUGGUUUUGUUCUUCUGUUAUAAGCAGUUGAAGUUAGGGAUAGCAAAUCAUUAGCACUACCUGUGAAAAAAAUACUCUUACUUGAAAACGAAAAAAGAAAUCAAAAUUCGCAGACAAGCUUUUUUAGAAAAACUAUCUGACAGUAAGUUGGCCAAAUUUCAGCCAAAUUGGUUCGCGGGUUGCCGACUUGGAGUUUUCAAACGUACCCUCAACUUGCUCUGAUUUUCAUUUCGAGAAAACAGGGGAAAAAGAUUUUUGGCGGCGUAUUGCCCGUGACGAGAUUAUAACAGAUUAUAACACCAAAGCUGUCAAUGUUGAUGCAUACCAGAAAAGGGACAACUAUAGUGACACAGCAGGAAAAGGUUACAAACGAAACCCAACAACAGAUGAACAAUUUAUUUCGAACGCUCUGCUCUGUUCGAUCCUUCUGUUGUCGAGAAAGCAUCUUUAGUUAUUUGCGACGGGCAGUUUUCAUUUUGAGCCAAGCCAACUUUUACUUGAUACAUUUUCUAAAAGUUCGACACUUCCCUGGAAAAAUCGACAACAAACCGCUUCCUGGAGUUUUUCUUGAAGCUGCUCUCCCGCUACAAUAGACUUUCAAAAAAGUCCUUCGUCCGAUUUUUAUAUGGCGUGGGACCGGUCGCGAAUUUGUCGCUUGCUUGGCCGCUUCGCGACCUAAAAAGCUCGCUCCGCUCGCUAAGAAACUCGUGAAACUCGAUUUCGCGGUAGUUUCAAUGUGUUUUUCAGAAGCUUUGUCACCUUUUAGCCAUUUUUCUUGAUUGUAGUAGGAGCCCUCGUCACUCUCUGCUAAUUUCGAAACCCACUCUUUGCAGAACGAUUUUGUCGUCUUCUUUCGUCUUGGAGUCAAGGACGAAAACGGACAAGUUCUUUUUUUUUCUUUGGAGGCAUUCACUUCCAAAAUCCAGGGAAAAACAGUGAGCACUAUACUUGUAGACCACGAUUUCUGUCAAAUUGCGUGAUUAGCUUGGUUCAACAGCGGCAUGCGUAUCAAGUAUGACAGGACUUGUCAACGAUCAAUUAAAAUAAUUAGCAUAGAAAAAACUUUUGCGCUCCAUAAGUCUGCACCGAAAAAACAUUUUUUUCUGGAAUUUUUUUAAAAGAAAGCUCUUGAUGAGCUCUACUUAAUCAUCUAAAAAUUGAAAAUUUCGAAAAAUGAUGUUUUUACCCUAGAUGAUACCUUAAGAGACGUGGAUGAACUAAUUGGGGCAAAAAUCAAAACCCACAAAAGUUCCCUGAACCAAAAAUUAACCCCCAAAAAACCCUAUACAGAACUACGCACCGACAAAAUUAUUUAGUUAAAAUCAAGCCAACUAAGAAAAUACUUUCCACAUUUUUUCUACCCCAAAAGAGUCCCGGAAUUGAAAAUUUUAAGCCCAAAAAAUCCUUCUAUCAUCGCCGUCACUUGAAAUCCGGACUACCUCAACUGGAGUUUCGUUCCACCCCAAAUUUCUUAAUCAAAAGUUUGCUUAUGGCGUACUUCAUAACCGCAAAACAGAUUGUCGAAUACGAAGCUGAAUCGGAGAGACCUACAAGUAAAAAGGAAAGAACCACGAAUGGAAAAAACAAACAAGUACCCUGUAUUUUUUGGAAACCGAAACACACUCAACUCGAAAACGAAGAACCCUCAACGCCGGUGAAAGGGUGUGCAAUAAACCAAAUGGGUCCGUAAAUUUGAAACGUGACCAUCCCAUUUGGGUAUUUGCGUUGCUUAGACGUACUCGUACCCAUUGUUGGGUAUUUGGAAUCAAAUGUUUUGGCUCAGGGAGGGGAGAGUAUAGUAGAGGUUUACAUUUUUAGCACCUUACAUUGAGAAAGUUUGCGGUAUGGUGGUGUUUGGCAAAUUUUCAUGCGGUACUUAUGUAAUUGUGGCCUUGAAUUCUGAUAUUGUGGUAUUUCUAAACAUGCCGAAGUUUAUGUGAUUGGCUCGGGGAUUUUUAGCAUGGUUGUGUCGAAUUUCUCGAUUUCUCUGCGGUGUUACGGUGUUCCGUAUACCCCUAGCCGCUCUUCAAUGUUUUUUUUUGCGCAUGCGUAUACUUCUGCCAAAAGACCAGCUUUGAUAGUGUGAUAAAUGGCUGUGGUCACACUUGGGAUUUAACGUUGGUAAAAGGCUUUAACCGUGGUAAAAAGGAUGUAAAAAAACUUUACUAUAGUAAAACUCAUUACUUGACUUAACACGUUCUAGAUAGUUUCCCAACAGAAAUGUGUCACUAAAAUGAUGAGCCUAAAGAUAGGUGAUCAUUCUUACGACAUUCCAUGAAUGUUUUAUUUUUCAUCCAGUUACAUGACUGUCUGUACAUCAUGCAUUCACUGAAAAUUGUGCCGCUGCUGAUACUGCUUCUAUCCCAUUAUUUUCUCGGCCGAAUAUAAGCGGUCCAUGCUGAAUUACUUCGUGGCCGUGAUUGUCUGAAAACCCGCCCGGUGGGAUUACGAAACUAUUGCGGAAUGGUGGAACUCUAAAGUGAAAAGAACAUGCAGGUUUCUUAAAAAAAGCGUGCCAACCAAAAUCCAUGUUCAGAAAAUAGACAGAAAAAAUAUGGCUACACGGAAUAAAAAACAGCUGAAUUGAAUGUUUACUUCUAAAUUUAUGCUCGACUCAGAAAUGAAACACGAACAUUAGAUGUAGGCGUAUGAUUCCUUGAAGUCCAGAAUUUACUGUGGAAUUACCUCGAAUGAAAGCGAAAAUUGUCUGAGUCACUGUGACAUCUCUACUGUACUGGUUGGCACGAAAAAAGGAGAAGACUAGGCUGUCGGCGCUGAAAAUACAUGUACAAGUAUUCAGCAACGUGACACUCAGGGAACGCAUCUCAAAUAAUGCGACUAGAUGUCAACUGAAUAAACAAAGUUUAGAUAUAUCAGCGAUAAACCAUAUCGUUUUAGGAAAGUUUACUAUAGUAAACUUUGCUUUCAGCCUACCGCCGUUGCCACCGCAACAGACUAGAUCUGUGUUUCCAUAGUAAAAUGAGAAAAGCCGAUCACAUUAGAAAACGUGUUUACAGUAGUAAACUCGACUUUACUAUAGUAAAAAAAGCCCAAGUGUGACCACAGCCAAACAAUAUUCCCAUGAUAAUUUGUUAUGCGUUUGAACCCAUCAACAGAAAUUAUUACCAAGGCAUUUAUAAUAACGGAUGCUGAAAUCCUAUGGUGCAACCACAGCACCUUCAUAUUAUACCAUUUAUUAUUAUAAUUAUUAUAACUAUAAUAUUAUUAUUAUUAUUACUAUUUGAAAAGGUUAUUUUAGUGUUAAUCCAAUCUUAAGGUUUUGUCGUUUUGAAAGUAAAAAAAGUGUUGUUGUUGAUGUGGUCAUAGCAGCCAAACAUCUUUAAGUAGCAAACCGAAUUUACAUACUUAACAGUGUUUAUCCCGAGUUUUCAUCAACAAAGUAUUACCAAUGACGAAAGCCGUUGCAAAUUAUGACGAUUAUCCCGUUACGUUCUAUAAAACUAAAAGUAAACUUUACCGAAUUACACUAGCACCAAAAAGAAACAAUAUGUUUAUAAGGAUUAUUGCUGCAAUUGACUCCUGAUUCUGUUUCCAAAUAUGGUUCUGUCACGUCUUUCUGAAGUGGUACUAUUAUCUCCCUGCUGCUACUAAGUCGAUUGACUAGGAUAACAAAAAAGAACUACAAAAAACGUCUCUCUAAAUCUGAAACGGAAUAAGCCACCGAGAUUGUCGGAAUGUGAGUUGGCAAUGGUUGGUUACUAGGGUGGCCUGACCGACUGGGCUAGUGAAUUCUUGAAAGCAGUUUCAUGUCUUGAUUGAAAGCACAACAAAAAACGGAAUCAGAUUACGUGUACUGUCUUGUUGUUUGAAAAUUACUUCCCCACGCAUUUCAUGCCUGCCUGCCGCAGAAUUUUGAUUAAUUUGUUCAGUCAAUAAAAGUUUUAUACUAAUGUGAGUUUACCACUUGUGGCAGAAUGAAUGGUUGUUUUGGUAACAGUGCUUAUACAAGUGAAGUCAUUAUUAAUUUAAUGCUUUUUACCGAUUUUUCCAGAUCAAACCAUUAUGGCAGAGAGUGGAAACGGAGCAGCAUAUGAGAGUGAUGUUACAUCACUUGGUACUGGACAAGAGCUGAAUUUUGAUGAUGACACACUAAAAGGUAAAGAUUCUUACAACUGUUAAUAGUGUAUCACCAAAAGGCCUUUAAUGUAGCAAACUAAGGACAAAUGAAAUAAAAUAUACAAAAAUUACAAAAAACUGUCAUUUGAAAACAUUCAACAUACGGAAGUGGUUAAAGAGUCAAAGUUGUUAAACAGUAUCUCUACUGAAGGUGGUUUUUUAACUUUUUAUUUGGAUUAGGCUUUUCCAAGAAUUCGACCCUCCAUUAAUCGCCUCCCUCGAAUAAUCGCCCCCCUGUGACGGAAAAAUUUGAAAUAAUCGCCUCUCUCCCUUUCUUUUAUUCUUUUCCUGUCAAGUUAAAAAUUGCCACCUUGGAUAACAAACAAGGCUGAAGUGUGCAAAAUGAUCUGUGACGAUUCAAGCUCUGAAAUCGAGGAUACUGUAAUGACAUUGAAACUUAACCGAGGACCAAAUUUGGAACACUUGUAAAGCCCAUGUUCAGUAUAUUGGAUGUGAUUAUUUUUUGAUUUUAUGGGAUAAUAAAACAAAAUAUUUAGGGUACGACUUCCAGUGAGCAGUAUUUGAAAUAAUCGUUUCCCUCGAAUCGCCCCCUUUUGGUGCAAAAAAGAUACGGUAUUGCAGCCUGAUCUCCCAAAAGAGAAAAACCCCACCCUCGCUCGUCAUUUAAUUUCUCGCUUCCUGGUCCCGUUUUUAUCUCUUGUCCCGAAUAUCACUUCCAAAAGUUAUGCUAAAUGCUGCAUCUCGCCUAUUGGGGGCCAUCUACCCCCAUCCCUCUUUGUUUGAGUGGAGGGGGGCUGGCCCCUCCACAAGUUCUCCCAAAGCUUAGAGGCGAGUACGGUACAAGUGAGAAGGGCGAAAGCUGGACCCAACGAGGAGCGCGAGAUCGGUAUGAUGGAAACGAGGACAGAACGCGAGUGGAGAGUGAUGGGAAGGAAAAAGAGAGAAAACUUCAUUGUUUCUUCUCUUCCCAUCAAUCCUAUUGCCCCCUUUUCUUAACAAUUAACGCAAAUAUCCCCCAAAGAGUGAUCGCAAGCGACUGGGGACAAGGCAGGGGAGGGGAGGGGGCGGCUGUACCACGACUAUAGACACGAACCAUGAGGUUUAAUGACAUUCCAACGUGCUUCUUUUUUAGCAAUAGCUGAAGUCUACAAAAUCGAAGGCAAUGAAGCGUACUUGAAGGAAGAUUACAGCAACGCCGUUUACUUUUAUACUGAGGGAAUUAAAGUAAACUGCAUAGACGAAGACCUAAAGGGGAAACUGUACACCAACAGAGCAUAUGCAAACUUUCGUUUUGGUGAGGCUACUUGUAUUUAGAAAGUAAAGAAAUAUUGCCUACUUUCUGAUUGGUUAACCACUGAUGUUGAAUUUUUUUACUUGCUUUGGAAUGAUCCGUCAGAGGCUUGUCAGUUUUCACUGAUCUUAUUUGCUUUGAAUUUGCUUCGCUGCGUUUGCUGUGAGUGACUUUUUGUUUGUUUAUAUUUUCAACGUUCAUAGGAAAUUACAUUCACUCACUGGAAGAUGCCAAAAACGCCAGGGACAUUCGACCAUUAUCAAUCAAACCAAUAAUAACAGGUGAUUUCAGAGGUUUAUAAACUUACUCGUAUCUAAGAAACAGACAGGGUUGAAUUAUAAAACACCGUAACCUUUAUUUAAUUUGUUUCCUCAAAAACGUUCAAAUGGCUACAAGUAAAGUUCAAACUUUUAAAUAACAUGGAAGAAAUUGAAGUUUAGAUUUGGAGUCCAGAGCUUAACAAAGUCAUCAUCAAAUUUUGUUUGCUCACGGGCUCUUUGAUAGCACAAAAAUGGCAACUACUGUUUUUACUCGUAGGCUAAUUGCGAUUAGUCUUUAACGGCAUAGUUCUUCAUUCUCUUGAACACAUAUUAGGCUCGUAUGACGUGCAUGAGCUGUUACGGAUUCUUUAGUGUAACUGUACCGCGAAUGUACCGUUUUAACCCCCGGCUUAAUUUUAGAGUGGCUCAUUGUUUGAAAUUGUCCUGAAAUUGGCCAUUGCUGUACAUGAAAGUGAUGAAUGUAACAAAAUGACAACUGAAAUCACGAAAGUUGUGAACAAUUGUGUCUAUCCUCAUCUCUAUAGAAAACUUAUUAUAGACCAUCCUGAAGGAUUAUAUGCUUCUGGUUCAUCACACUGCGACAGACACACAAAGAUACUUAUACACUAUAAGAACUCCAACAAAUGAGCUAUUUUUAGAAAUGGCGGGAAGGAAGGGAGCAAGACAUAAGAAAUGUUUUCAACAUGCUUUAUUUUUACGAUUUUAGGAGCGAAAGCGUUUGCAAAGUUAAAACUGUUUGAGCUGGCGAUCACGUGGUGUGAUCAAGGAUUAGCAGUAUCCUUUUAUUCUAUGUAUUCCUCCAUAGCUGAAAGAUGAUUUAUUUUCGCAACUUGUUAUACACACUUCUGUUAAGAUUUGGUUACCAUUUUUCCCGACUAACGGUUCGGUGCUUAUUUGAGGGCAGCGCUCAGUUAUCUGAAACUUCUUCUUUGCGAAUUACACAGUUGUACGUGAUAUUUUCUUCUUUUGACUAUUUCUUUGUUUGUUCAAAAACGACCACAAAAGCAGAGAAAAAAUGUAAUUUCUAAUAAAAGUUAGUUUCUAACUUUUCUAAUAAAAGUUUAUGAUAAAAGUCUGUGUGUAGCAAUAACAGUGUCAACGACUUUAGUCGUAUUAACAAGUCAGAGAGGAUUAUCCUCUCUUUAACCAUGUUGCGGGGAAGUUGCUACGUAUAUAACUGUCACUCUUGAAUGACCGCUCUAUAUAAGUUUCCUUUAAAUUCAACUGGAUGUUGGGUUCGUUCAACGCUUGUAGUUUCCCCACUCGAUUGCCAGGAACAGGUUAAAUGAUUUGACGAUUUCGCUAGCAUUCAUGUUUCUGUCUACAUCUGGGGAAUCUAAAGGGUGACCGCAUCCGCUAUAGAGAAGGUACCCGCUUUAUACAGAUCAACUUUACAGAACAUAUAUGGCAAUAAAUUCGGAGAGUUGUUCAGUGGCCGUAGUAUACAGGGUGACCGCUAUAUACAGGGCCGUUAUAUACAGGUUGAUUGUAUUUUUUUUGCUUCCAACUAUAGGCUGCUCAUAAGGGGCCACGCUCUUCUUUCUUCAAAGCGAAAACGGGGGAGGUGUAUCUUGUUGUUUUUACCUAGUUGUAUAUGAUUUGAUACACUGCCGCAGUGGACUAAAUCACAAAAAGAUGAGAUAAGUUAUAUUCCAACUAAUGCAAGUUAACACUACUUCAACUUAAAUUCGAUAUUACUACUGUUUACACCUUAACAAUUUGGAAGAUCGACGCGGAAAACUCCACGUUGCUUGAACUAAGGAAAAAAGCGACGAGUAGAAGAGCCAUGGACAACGAGGUAUUUUAUUUUAUUUCUAUAAAUUAGCAUUUUGAAUUGUUUUGAUUAAGCGGUCGAAGUGACCUUUGAUAUUACUGAUAUUAUACGGUUGAUUCUAAUAGAAGAGAUUCAAUAGUCGGAUACCACCAAAUGUUCCUUUUUGGAGGAGGUUCAUUACAGUGAAUGGCUGGUUCGUCUUUCUUGCAUCGAAUUAAUUUCGAUUCAACCGAUGAUGGAGCUUGAAAAAGUCACAUAUGAGAUUUCAAGGGUUUGAGCUAUGAUCGAAGUUAAUGUCUAUUUUACAGAAUUGCCCAAUGAAAGUAAACAUUAGUUCAUAACUAUUAGAAAAAACACAGUGACCGAAAAAUAAUUUUCUUAAAGAAACUUUGGGCGCUUUCUCUUCAACCAAAACGUCCACUUUGAAUUUUCGGCAACUUCCAGUAGUAAACGGAACAGUAUUUUUCAAAACUUCCAAAACCGAGGGACAACCUCGCGAGGUAUACCCAAAUUUUCGAAAAUUUUUUAACGGAAGAUUUCUUUCCAUUCAUUUUUGCUCCCGGGAUUUCCAGGUAGAAUUUUUGGUUGAAUGGUUCCCAUUUCGGACUGAUUCAACAGCUUCCGGUAUGUCCAGAAACUUUUCCGGAAAAUCUCUAUACCAUUUGCCGCUGUUUCCAAAUUUUCGAAAGUUUUGGCUGAAUGUAAAACGCCCUUUGAUUCUCUGUACGAUAAAUUUUAAAGCCGCGAAAAUAAAUGGACUUUUGGCUUACUUCGUGAGCCGCCAAAGUCAAGGCGGAUUGGUCAAAUAUCAGCUCUUGUAGAUUUAUCCGCUUAAGAAAUAAAGUUCAUUGGUAAUACUUCUAUACUUGAGUAUAUAUACUCUAGAAACUUGCUGUCCGAGCUAUAUAUUGAGCUAAUUUAUUUCAAAGCCACAAUCUGGCUCAAGCGAGUAAUAGCGGGAGUUUGUAUUGCUGGGCAUUUGGCUGUGUUAGCAGGGGUCGUCCGAAAUAUCCAGGUAUCCGCAAGGGGAGAGUUGGUUGCCACCAAAAAUCUUGCGGGCUAUUUUCUUCCUCACAAAGGGUAUAACUUUACAUUAAAAACAUCUUCUAUACCAUAACUUGCUUCAAAAGAGGGUUUGUUUUACAUUUUUUUCUAGGCAUGCCCAGGAAGUAAAGGCAAACAUGGAAAACCCGAACAAACUUCCACAACAAAUUGGUUGUACAGUAAUUACCUUGGAGAAAAAGCCUUUAAACGCGGUGAUUUUAAAAUAGCCCGGGAUUACUUCGAGAUGACUUUGAAUGAAGCAAGAGAGAUCGGGAAUAAAGACGCAGAAAUCGUUAGCCUUGGCAACCUUGGCCUCGCCUAUCACCAUCUAAGUGAUUUCAAAAAAGCAAUCGAGUUUUAUCAGCUGGCUCUAAAAAUCGCAAAAGAUACUGGAAACAAAGAUCAAGAAGGAACUAGAUAUAACAACCUUGGCAGUGCCUAUCAGUCUCUCAGUGAGUUCAAAAAAGCAAUCGAGUUUUAUCAGCUGGCUCUAAAAAUCGCAAAAGAUACUGGAAACAAAGAUGGAGAAGGAACUAUAUAUAACAACCUUGGCCUUGCCUAUAAGUCUCUCAGUGAGUUCAAAAAAGCAAUCGAGUUUUAUCAGCUAGCUCUAAAAAUCGCAAAAGAUACUGGAAACAAAGAUCAAGAAGGAACUAGAUAUAACAACCUUGGCAGUGCCUAUCAGUCUCUCAGUGAGUUCAAAAAAGCAAUCGAGUUUUAUCAGCUGGCUCUAAAAAUCGCAAAAGAUACUGGAAACAAAGAUGGAGAAGGAACUAUAUAUAACAACCUUGGCCUUGCCUAUAAGUCUCUCAGAGAGUUCAAAAAAGCAAUCGAGUUUUAUCAGCUGGCUCAAAAAAUCGCAAAAGAUAUUGGAAACAAAGAUGGAGAAGGAACUAGAUAUAACAACCUUGGCCUUGCCUAUCAGUCUCUCAGUGAGUUCAAAAAAGCAAUCGAGUUUUAUCAGCUGGCUCUAAAAAUCGCAAAAGAUACUGGAAACAAAGAUCAAGAAGGAACUAUAUAUAACAACCUUGGCAGUGCCUAUCAGUCUCUCAGUGAGUUCAAAAAAGCAAUCGAGUUUUAUCAGCUGGCUCUAAAAAUCGGAAAAGAUACUGGAAACAAAGAUCAAGAAGGAACUAUAUAUAACAACCUUGGCCUUGCCUAUAAGUCUCCCAGUGAGUUCAAAAAAGCAAUCGAGUUUUAUCAGCUGGCUCUAAAAAUCGCAAAAGAUACUGGAAACAAAGAUGGAGAAGGAACUAUAUAUAACAACCUUGGCCUUGCCUAUCAGUCUCUCAGUGAGUUCAAAAAAGCAAUCGAGUUUUAUCAGCUGGCUCUAAAGAUCGCAAAAGAUACUGGAAACAAAGAUGGAGAAGGAACUAUAUAUAACAACCUUGGCAGUGCCUAUCAGUCUCUCAGUGAGUUCAAAAAAGCAAUCGAGUUUUAUCAGCUGGCUCUAAAAAUCGCAAAAGAUACUGGAAACAAAGAUGGAGAAGGAACUAUAUAUAACAACCUUGGCCUUGCCUAUCAGUCUCUCAGUGAGUUCAAAAAAGCAAUCGAGUUUUAUCAGCUGGCUCUAAAAAUCGCAAAAGAUACUGGAAACAAAGAUCAAGAAGGAACUAUAUAUAAUAACCUUGGCCUUGCCUAUAAGUCUCUCAGUGAGUUCAAAAAAGCAAUCGAGUUUUAUCAGCUGGCUCUAAAAAUCGCAAAAGAUACUGGAAACAAAGAUCAAGAAGGAACUAUAUAUAACAACCUUGGCAGUGCCUGUCAGUCUCUCAGUGAGUUCAAAAAAGCAAUCGAGUUUUAUCAGCUGGCUCUAAAAAUUGCAAAAGAUACUGGAAACAAAGAUGGAGAAGGAACUACAUAUAACAACCUUGGCCUUGCCUAUCAGUCUCUCAGUGAGUUCAAAAAAGCAAUCGAGUUUUAUCAGCUGGCUCUAAAAAUCGCAAAAGAUACUGGAAACAAAGAUCAAGAAGGAACUAUAUAUAACAACGUUGGCCUUGCCUAUAAGUCUCUCAGUGAGUUCAAAAAAGCAAUCGAGUUUUAUCAGCUGGCUCUAAAAAUCGCAAAAGAUACUGGAAACAAAGAUCAAGAAGGAACUAUAUAUAACAACCUUGGCUGUGCCUAUAAGUCUCUCAGUGAGUUCAAAAAAGCAAUCGAGUUUUAUCAGCUGGCUCUAAAAAUCGCAAAAGAUACUGGAAACAAAGAUCAAGAAGGAACUAUAUAUAACAACCUUGGCAGUGCCUAUAAGUCUCUCAGUGAGUUCAAAAAAGCAAUCGAGUUUUAUCAGCUGGCUCUAAAAAUCGCAAAAGAUACUGGAAACAAAGAUGGAGAAGGAACUAUAUAUAACAACCUUGGCCUUGCCUAUAAGUCUCUCAGUGAGUUCAAAAAAGCAAUCGAGUUUUAUCAGCUGGCUCUAAAAAUCGCAAAAGAUACUGGAAACAAAGAUCAAGAAGGAACUAUAUAUAACAACCUUGGCAGUGCCUAUCAGUCUCUCAGUGAGUUCAAAAAAGCAAUCGAGUUUUAUCAGCUGGCUCUAAAAAUCGCAAAAGAUACUGGAAACAAAGAUCAAGAAGGAACUAUAUAUAACAACCUUGGCAGUGCCUGUCAGUCUCUCAGUGAGUUCAAAAAAGCAAUCGAGUUUUAUCAGCUAGCUCUAAAAAUCGGAAAAGAUACUGGAAACAAAGAUGGAGAAGGAACUAGAUAUAACAACCUUGGCUUUGCCUAUCAGUCUCUCAGUGAGUUCAAAAAAGCAAUCGAGUUUUAUCAGCUGGCUCUAAAAAUCGCAAAAGAUACUGGAAACAAAGAUCAAGAAGGAACUAUAUAUAACAACCUUGGCAGUGCCUAUAAUUCUCUUAGUGAUUUCCAAAAAGGAAUGGAGUUUAAUCAGGUGGCUCUAAGAAUCGCAAAAGAUACUGAAAACAAAUGUCAAGAAGCAGCUGUAUAUAACAACCUUGGCGUCGUCAAUCAGUCUCUCGGUGAUUUUAAUAAAGCGAUGGAGCUUUAUGAACUGAGUCUAAGAAUCACAAAAGAUACUGGGAUGAAAAAUGGAGAAGGACCUACAUAUAUAAACCUCGGCGAUGUCUAUAAGCGUCUCGGUAAUUCCAAAAGAGCGAUGGAAUUUUAUCAGCUAGCCACAAGUAUAGCAAAGGAGACUGGAAACAAAGAUGUUGAACAAUGCGGAUAUGAUAGACUUGCUCAAGUUCUUUGGUGUCUUGACGAGUACUCCAAAGCCGAGGAGUGUUUUAAAUCCUGUAUUGAACUGGUAGAGGAAAUGAGAGUCCUUCUUGAAGGAAACGACGAGUGGAAAAUCAGCUUUCGGAAUAAACGUGAUUGCGUUAGUCGUUUAGUGAGACUACAGUUACAACAACGCACUGAACGUAAGACACUCGAGGCGCUUUUAACAGCUGAGAGGGGACGAGCAGAAGCUCUUAUGGACCUCUUGGAAUCGCAAUAUGGUGUCAGGAAAUCGAUUCGUUCACAGCCGAAACAGCAGAUGGAACUUAUCAUUUCAAACCAUAUUUCGUCACCCACAUUAUUUCUAAUGAAUGAUACCCAGUCAGUGAAUAUCUGGAUGCUGUUAAAGUGGGGAAAGCUUUGUGACUUUGUGCAACAGGAAGUUAGCAGUGAUGACUUGACAUCAAUGACUUACCAAACAUACAAACAGAUUGGUGUGAACAAAAGCCUGUGGAAAAAGAUUCGCCCCCAGCUGCAGAGAGAGAUCGAAGACCAGGGUGGUGCUUUAAAAGUAUUAUACGACAUAUUCAUCGCUCCAAUUUCACACUCGAUAGGUGACGAACUCGUCAUUGUCCCUGACGCUUCAUCGUUCUUGAUUCCUUAUGUUGCCCUCGUGGACCAAAACUCAAGGUAUUUAAAUGAAACGCGUAGAAUUAGAUUGAUUCCAUCACUGACAAGCUUGUGGCUGCUGGCAGAAUGUCCGAAGGACCGCCAUAGUUCAUCCGAGGCUCUACUUGUUGGCAACCCGUGGGUGGAAACUGUACGCAUCAAAGGCUGCAAACCGUUUCCGCAGCUUCCAGGUGCUGAGGAAGAGGUAAAAAUGAUUGGGCAAAUUCUAAACAUCGAGCCUCUCACCGGAAAGAACGCCACAAAAGAUCGGGUUUUAAGCGGGCUCAACUCAGUUUCGUUAGUGCACAUAGCAGCUCAUGGUCGUACAGAAACCGGAGAAAUCAUUUUGUCUCCUAAUUUUUCUAGUAGUGCCAAAAGACCUAAAGAGAAAGACUUUCUUUUGACGAUGGCAGAUGUGUUGGAUGCAAAAGUGCGCGCCAAGCUUGUUGUCUUAAGCUGCUGCAACAGUGGGCGAGGAAAUAUCAAAGUCGAAGGAGUGGUUGGUAUUGCACGUGCCUUUUUAGGAGCCGGUGCGCGUUCUGUUAUUGCCACACUGUGGGCGAUUGAUGACGAAGCCACUCUUGCGUUUAUGAGACACUUUUACGAACAUUUAGUAGCAGGGAAAAGUGCAAGUAAGUCACUUCAACAUGCCAUGAAAAGGAUGCGGGAGACAGAAAAAUUCAAGGCCGUGAAGUACUGGGCUCCAUUCGUGCUGAUUGGUGAUGACGUAACAAUGAAUUUUGGCCAAUAA